AUGGUGUGUUUCUUUAUAUCCUAUCUUGUGCUAGAUCUAUCACUGGGUUCUAUCUAUUAUCGUCACCGCAUUACAGUAUUAACAGGCUGGAUCCACCAUCCUUUAUACACUGGUAUCCUUCUUUGGUUACUCAAAUCACGAUCUUCUUCAUUCUUUAGUGCUAGCUGUCUGUUGGAACUUCCUACGCUCCUGCUUGCUAUUGGAUCCAUAAGAGAUCAAUGGAGAUGUGAUUUCUUGUUUGCCUCUACUUUCUUUGUGCUUCGUCUCGUAUUUCACUCAUACAUGAUCAUUGCCCUUAAGCAAUACCAUCGUUUAGAAUUCCUUUGGAUGGUUGCAAUGUCUGUAUUCCCUCUUCACCUCUAUUGGUUUUAUGGCAUCAUCGGUCAAUUAAUAAAGAGAUAUCCUGUCGUCUACAAGCCAAAAACAGAUGGUGUCUCAAGUGCCGUCGUUCAAGCCAAAAGAUCUAAACAUAGCUUUUUGGAAAGAAUUUAUACUAUAUAA